AUGGCGUGUGCGAUGACGACCCACGCUCAUACGGCUCACAGCCUCCCCCGCGCAUCCGCCUUCCAGAAGAUGACCUGGCCAUCCCACGCCGCGGCAAGUCGGAGCGUCACCGCCCACGCAGUCCCGACCCUGUCGACCAGGACUACUCCUACAGCGCCAGCAAGCCCUCUCGCCGCCACACCCACCGGGAAGGCAGGGCCCGACCGCCGCCUCAGAUUCUUCAGGAUGCUGGUCCCAGCAGCCGCCGUCCGAUUCGACCCAAGGUCAGGACACUGGACCCAGGCGUAUAGAAAGGCGCAACAGGAGGAGCUCUAUGCCUCCACCCCCACCGGUGGGGCCCGAGGUUCCAUAUGA